CAAUCUGAGCCAGCCCAGGUAACCAGGCUCAUGAAAACAUUGUUAGUAAAAAUAGGAGCCGACAUUUAACAAGGAUAGUGUUUCAUAUUUUUACUGUAAGCUAUAUUCCCAGUUGUAAAAAUUGAUAACUACUUUCAGCAAACAGAUUGGUGUUUCUUCAGUUAAGUAAUGAACGUGUGGUGGCAUGUACGAUCCAAAUGAUAAAGGACUGGUGUACUAUUAUGAGCCAUCUAAACAGCAUCAUUUUCUUUCUGGGUAUGGAAAAGAGAGGGAGAAUGACUUUGGCUAUUCAAGUAUUACGCUAGCCGAAGGCAGUCUAUUUAAUAUGUGUUUGAAAUAUAUCAUGGUAAACAUGAACUUGCUGGAUUCAUUAAUUGGGUUUCCAGAGGUUGUUGCAAAACAAAUGCUUGAUUUCAUGAUUGACCAAAAGUUUUUCCAAAUUCAAGAAAUUUUGUUUAAAGUACCAUCGUCAACUGAACAUUUUCAUUGUCGAACUUUAAAGCUGUUUAAUGAUGCAUAUGGUUCUUUGUUUCUUGAAAGUUUGUCACUGGCUGUUUUAAAAGACCAGGUCAAGUUGAAUUUAAAUCCUCUUUUGAGUUGCUUUACAAAUAUUAAAGAGCUGGAUUUAAGCAAUGUUGGACUUACUGCUGAUGAUGUUAGAAUUUUUCCACAAUUUCAUAGUUUAGAAAAAUUAAUUCUCAAAAACACCAAUUUAACAGAUCAAACGAUUAACAAACUGACCGUUCCAUAUCGAAUGUAUAAAGAAAAGUCUGAAAAACUCAAAAUUCUUGACUUGCAAGGAAAUCCAAUAUCAAACAGAUGUCUUGAACUGGUGGUAGUAUUUCCAAAAUUGCAAAUUUUAAACUUAUCAGAUAGCAAUGUACAGAUGAAAUUUGAACUGGUGUAUGAACUAAAGCAGUUUGGUUGGCAGUUAUUGACCAAACAACCGGAAUAUGACAAGGUGGUUAAUAAAGGCUGGGCUGCGCCAAUUGUAGAGCAAGUAUUACAUGAAGCACAACUAAAAUCAUCCUCAUCUGCAAGCAAAGCGUCUUUAUUUUAUAAGAAAGCCACAACCAAUCCAAAGAAAGAAUGCAAAUUAAACGAGAAACAUUUGGUCUUAGUGCGUUCGAGAUGCGUGGGUGAUAUGGCAGAUUUUAACAGAGAUCUUUUGAAACAAAUUCCAAGCUACGAUACGUCGGCGUUAGAUAAGAAUAAAAAAAAAGUUCAUUCUUCAACUCGUGCGUUGAAAAAUAACUCUUUUCCUAAUAUCACCACACAGGGUCAAGAAAAACGUAAAUUUUUAUCUCUUAUCGAUUCUUCAGAUGAGGAAACUGAAGAUAUAUGCGAACAAUAUGCACAGGGAAGUAUACAGACGAAAAAGAAGAGGACUUUGUUGGAUGGUUUAGAUGCCAGUACAUGAUAGGUUUGGGGAAAGUGUUGAUAAGCAGUUAUUUUUUGUUAGCAGGCUAAUAUAUAUACUGUAAUGGAAGAAACUAACGAAUGGCUUUUUUCGGGAAAUUUGGUAGAUUUUAGAAAAACACAUUGUGAUGAUCAGAAUGAGCUAAAACAUCAGAAGAAUUAUUUCUCUGUAAAUUAUUUAAAUUUGACCCUGUAUUUGCAGUAUCAACAUAAAACUAGUUCUAAAACUACAAAAAACUCUUUUUUUGCGGAAAAUUAGUUUCGCAAAUGAAAAGCGUAUUUUAGAAUUCACGAAAAUUGUUAAACGCGAUAGAUUUCGCCAUAAACCUCUACCGCUAAUAGAUUACAUAGCAGUAUUUCAGCCUUGCUCUCACGCAGAAGUGCGCAGUCCAGCGUAUUGAAGUACCUUUUCACACUUGUUGAAUAUUUCCUUGAAUCUAAAAGGUAUAACAUUUGAUGAGAAUUUAUUCGUCCAUUAGGUUUGAUCGGAAUCUUAUGUUUUCUUCUACUGCAUUUGUUAAUUCGAAUGUAAGUAUUUUUUUCUACAAUGAAGAUAUGUGAUUUUAGUUAGUGUAUAAUUUGGAAUGUUUUAUGUAAGUAGUAGUAUUAUUUGGAAUAUUUUUCACAGGCAACUUCGUAGAAAAUGCCACGGGUGUUGCCUGCCCUUUACAUAUCGCAUUUCGUGUUUCUGUAACAGACGGGCAAACAGACAGACGACGGCCAUUAUUAUAGAAAUGAAACAGCUUCUGGCAUCUUAAAUUCACACUUGUUAUGACGAUAUUGUCAUAAGUUUUUUAUUGUUUACACAGAAUUAAUUACCUUACCGCUUAAGUGUUGUCUAAUUUGUUUGAGUAGACUAUCAACAGUAAGAAACUUACUAAAAGAAAUAUUCGCGUAGCACAGAAUUUUAGGGUGAAGUAAUGUGAGCGCUUUAAAAGAUUUCGAGUUAAAAAAAAAUAACCUCCCUAUUACUCUCGCAUCUUUGGAUGAAAUUUUUCUUGAAAAUUAUGCUAUUUACGGAAUUUCAUUCUAUUUUCAUUUCAAAUUUUUUUUUCUGCGAAUUUUAAAGUUCUUUCAAGAUAGCCAUCAAUUUAGGUUUUCCUAGGUUAUAUUGAUGACUUUGUUCUUUGAGAAAAAUAAUAACACACGCUAAAUGUCCUCGGAAUAGAGCUCGCGAAAUUUAUUUUAAGCAAGUUUCACAAAUGCACAAUUUCCUAGUGUGCUC